UUUUUGAGAGCUUCAUUUUCACACUGUUGGCAUCACUGUAAAAUACGCCGAUUGAGGGCGCCCAUCGCCCAUUUGUUUCCUCACAGCUUUGAUACGGAGCCAGCAAGCCUAAAGCUCCGCCACCAUGGCUCCCAAGAGGAAUAAUAUGAUUCCCAAUGGCCAUUUCCACAAGGAUUGGCAGCGGUUUGUCAAGACCUGGUUCAACCAGCCAGCCCGCAAAUUCCGCAGACAUCAAACUCGCGUGAAGAAGGCCCGCGCUAUCGCUCCUAGACCCGCAGCCGGCCCCCUUCGCCCCAUCGUUAGGUGUCCGUCUCAGAGGUACCACACCAAGGUUCGCGCCGGCAGAGGUUUCACCCUAGAUGAGAUUAAGUCUGCUGGUUUGAACAAGGGCUUCGCUAGGAGCAUUGGUAUUGCUGUUGACCACAGACGUAGAAACAAGUCUGUCGAAAGUCUGCAGACAAACGUGCAGAGGCUCAAGGAGUACCGCAGCAAGUUGAUCCUGUUCCCAGUUCAUGCCAACAAGAAGCCCAGGAAGGGUGACGCCACUGAGGAGGAACGCAAGGUUGCUGUCCAACUCCAGGAUAAACAGGUCAUGCCCAUCAAGCAGACCACCAUCAAAUACAAGGCUCGCGCUAUCACCGGAGCUGAGAAGAAGUUCUCUGCUUAUCACGCUCUCCGCAAGGCCCGUGCUGAUGCUAAGUUGGUUGGAAAGCGUGCAAAGAGAGCGAGAGAAGCCGCAGAAAACGCUGAGGACAUCACCAAGAAGAAGAAGUAAGGAAUGUCGGGACAGGUUAAGGCGAAAAAUAAAUUUUUUUGAAUUCCAA